UCAUGGAAGCUGAUGACAACGAAUAUUACCAUGACAACGCUUACUAUGAAGACAGUUACAAUGAUGAUAGUUACCAUGACAACGUAUUGGAGUCCACUCUACACUACUGUGUAUUACCGGUUGUAGGACAGGUUACUGCUGUCUUUCUCAAAAUCUUUGGUCUUGCUGCAAUCGUAAGCAUAUUAAAUCAGCUACAAUGGGAGAAGUUGACUUUCAUCCUAGACACACUGCUCGGGAUUCUGUGUGCUUUUCUGUUCUAUCAGUCCAGUACCCUCUUUAUAGUGUUUUUAGUUGUGAUAUCGUAUGCUGUCCUGAUAUUCUCCUCUAGCAGUGGAAAGUGUGGUGCUGCUAUUCUUCUCAUAAACUUAGCUUUUGUUUUUAUCUGUGAGUUGUUGGUUGUGGCACCUGAACAGUGGCACCAGAUCCGUGGCACAAUAAUCUUGCUACUGAUGAAAACAACCUCUGUAGGGUUUGAUAUUGAUGCAGGUGUAGUGGAUCCUCCUUCUCUGCUUCUGUUCUCUGGUUACAGUCUCUCUCCCGUCUCACUUGUAUUCGGUCCUUUCGUUACCCUCCCUGAUUACAAGAAAAGCAAACUUGCCAUAUUUGAAAGACAGGUGCUCAUUAGUAUUUGUAGUUCCCUCUUCUUGGCCUAUCUUAGUGUCCUGGUUUCAUCCUGUAUUUUACCUACUUUCAUCGACCCAUCUUCUCACACAUUGAUAAGAACGUAUCUCACUGCACUGAGUUUCCGCACAAGCCAUUACUUUGUCAGCUAUACUUCUCAAGCUUCAGCUCUGAUCGGUGGUUUUCAGCACUCAGAAAAGUAUUAUGUUGUCCAACCUUCGCGAGUUGAAAUACCAAGAUCAAUGUCUUCUGUUGCUGUGGCUUGGAAUAUUCCUAUGCACUACUGGCUCAAAACAUAUGUGUACAAGAAAUCAAGGUCUUAUGGUGUCUUUGUGGCUGCGUUUCUGACAUAUGCAGCUUCAAGUGUUUUACAUGGCCUGAAUUCCCAGCUACCAGCAGUUCUCAUAUCAAUAUUCAUCUUCUCCUAUGUUGAAGCAGUGUUGAGAGAGGAACUUAGUAUCUUGGUCAGCUCCUGUAUUCGUGUCCAGAAAUGUGUAGACUGCCAACACAAUAAUAAGGUAUUUGAACUACCUUUACGAGUAGCGUUUGUUAUUGUCAACAUCUUGCAACUGGCGUAUCUUGGUGUUAUGUUCGAUUCAGAUCCGUCCCAAACUGAGGGAUAUUCCUGGCUGAACACUGUUUUAAAGUGGCAGAAUCUUUACUGGUACGGUCACGUGAUGUGUGCCACAGGAUUCCUUUUUACUCUCCUUCUCCGACUUCUUAACAAGAAACUCAACAGGACGAAACAAGAAUAGAGCCAGCUAGUUGUUAAAUGUUAAUUGGGUAAAUUGAGGAGAUUUUUUUUGCAAGACAGAUUAAUUACUGACUUCUUUAAGACUUAAGAUAAUUUGUAUAACAGAAUUGCAUUAUAUAUGCACCACUCAUUAGCACUGUUAUUAGAAUCUGAUAAAUUUAAACAUUUAUUUGGAUUCCAGGUAUGCAGUUAGGAAAAACCUUAAAUUGAAAAACUGACACCAUCAUUGAACAUAAGUCAUAGCCCAAUCAUCAUCAAUCAGCGAAUUUCCUCGUUUUUCACUCAAUCACUCUUACAUGUCUCUACUUAUUUUUUGUUCAGUAUAUACUUUACCUUAGUAUAGAAAUACUAUACAAGCAUGUAACCCUUACAUUAUAUAUUAUAUAACCAUGGCAUUUGUUAGGGUACACAACAGGUUCAUGUGGUUUAACGUAAUAUCACAAGAGACACAGAAGUUAUAACCUAAACAAACUCAUAUAGGCACUAUGAAUUAGAUCUGCUACAGAUAUAAUUUGUUCGAGACAUUAUUUAAACUGUAUAGCUCUCAUAUAAUUAAAUAAACAUGAAUAUUGUGCGAAUGAUAAACUUAACUAUAUUAUGUAUUUCGUAUGGUAUAAAUAUCUUAUAGGUACUAUGUUAUUUUACAUUAACUUAACCUAAAUAAGUUUAACUUAAUUAAAUGAUACUUAAUUGGUGGAGGCUUAAACUUGGCCCU